CGAGCAGUUUGGGCAACAGAGCAGCGCAAUGGCGGAUGCUGCUGCAGAGGUGAAGGAGAUACAGAAGGCGAGCGCAGAGGGGCGCAAGCAGUGGAGCCUUUGGUGUGAGACCCACGGCCACAGCGUGCGUGACCCGACUAAGCACUCGCCUGAGUUUCUGCGAGAAUUCCUGGAAUAUUGGAAGGACGGAGGCCGCCUUGAGGCCUCGAUGCCUGCGAAAGUGGAAGUCUUGGCGGAGCUCGUCAAGAAUGGGCAGCGCAACUCUCAUCAUUGGCAGCAGGCGUGGAGGCUCUACUGCGAGCGAUGGGGUGGCGGGGUGAAUGACCCAUACAAGCACAACGCCGAAUUCCUGUUGGGCUUUCUAGACCUAUUGGCAACUCGUGCCUGUAUGGAGUUGUACUCUUCUCCAGUGAUGGACCCGAGCUACCAGGGGACAGACCCGAGCUACCACUGGAAUUGGAAUGAGUCGGAUCCAGUCAAGGAGGCCUGCGUGCAGAAAAUCAAGACCUUGCAGCGUUCCAGCGAGGAUGCCAAGAGGCUGUGGUGGGAGUUCUGCGAUCUUCAACAGGGUGGGGUCCGAGACCCCACGCGCCAUGACGUGCGAGUGCUGCAGGAGUUUCUAUCUUCCCACAACAUCAGCUGAUCAGCUGAUCACCGCAAGGAUUCCCAUCUAGGUUCUCCAGUUGUGCCCUUUUGCCCUUUUUUUG